AUGGAAAGCGUUUUGGUGAGUGCAGCAACAGGGGCACUCAAGGCUGUCACUGUGAAGCUAGCAACUUUGCUUGGUGAUGAGUUCAAGAACAUGAAAGAUGUGCGAAAGGAGAUCAAGCCUCUCUCUGAUGAGCUUAACUACAUGCAUGCCUUCCUCGAGAAGAUGUCAGAGGAGGAGAAUCCUGACAAACAAGACAAGAUUUGGAUGACAGAUGUGCGGGAGAUGUCAUACGACAUCGAGGACAGUCUCAAUGACUUUAUGAUUUGUAUUGAUGAUGACAAAUCUGCUAAGAAGAAGAGCCUAAUGAAGAAGUGUACGAAGUUGCUGGAUAAGAUGAAGGCACAUAAACGGAUCUCCAAGGCAAUACAAGAUUUCAAGACACAGAUCAAGGAGGUGGGAGAUAAGAAUCACAGAUAUAGGACUGGUGUGACGACCACCAAGGAUUCACAUGAGAUGAUUGAUAUUCGGGCUCAGGCUAUCUUUAAGGAUGCGUCAGAGCUUGUGGCCAUUGAUGAACAAAAGAAUGAGUUGAUCAACUUGUUGAUAGAAGAUGGAUCUUUAUCUCAGCAUCAGGUGAAGGUGGUCGCCAUUGUUGGACUUGGUGGACUAGGGAAGACAACACUUGCCAAUCAAGUGUAUGAGUCAGUUAAGCAUAAAUUUGACUGUAAGGCUUUUGUGACAGUAUCACGAACUCCUCACAUGAUGGAAGUGCUGAGAACUAUUCUCCGUGACAUUAGCAAGCUGGAGUACACCGGAGAUAUGCAGCAUCUUAUCAGAAAGAUAUCCGAUUUCCUUCAAGAUAAAAGGUACCUCAUUGUUGUGGAUGAUUUAUGGGAUUCGGAAUCAUGGGAAGCCAUUCAAAAUGCUUUUAUAAAAAAUAGUUGUGCCAGCAGAAUCAUCACAACCACACGUAAAAUUGAAGUAGCUCAAUCUUGCUGCACUUUACGUCGGGGUCACAUAUAUAAAUUACGUCCUCUUAAUCCCGAGAACUCGAGAAAGUUGUUCCUGAAGAGAAUAUUUGGUUCAGAAGAGGGAUGCCCAUCAGACCUCUCUAAAGUUUGUGAUGACAUCUUGAAAAAAUGUGAUGGUUUGCCUUUGGCAAUUAUAGCAAUAGCUGGCUUGUUGGCAGGGAAAGCACCAACUGUAGAUGAAUGGAACAAAGUUCAAUGUUCAUUUGGUCAUGCACUUGAAAGGCACUCGGAUGUCAAUAGAAUGAUACAAAUAUUGUCACUGAGUUAUUUUGACCUUCCUCCCCACCUAAGAAGUUGUCUUCUGUAUCUAAGUAUAUUCCCAGAAGAUUAUGAGAUUAGAAAGGAUCGAUUGAUACUGAGAUGGAUUGCUGAGGGAUUCGUUCAUGAAGAGCAUGGGUCCACCCAAUAUGAGAUUGGGGAUAGGUGUUUCAACGAGCUCAUAAACAGAAGCUUGAUUCAGCCAGUGGAUUCAGGUUCUUUUGAUGUGACUUGGUGUCGGGUCCAUGACAUAAUUCUUGAGUUCAUUCUGUCCAAGGCUGUGGAAGAGAAUUUUGUAACUCUGUUUGGCCUUCCUAACAUAAGAGUUGAUCCACAUAGGAAGAUUCGACGGCUCUCUCUACAGGACAGGAAUGAGAAGACUGAUGGACUACAAGCUCACCAUCUGGUACAUCUGGGUGGAUUGUUUGCUCUGAGGUACUUGAGCCUACGUGACACAGGGAUAGAUGAGCUUCCUGAAGAAACUGGAGAGCUACAAUAUUUACAAACACUAGAUAUAAGGCGUAAUUCUAUAAAAGAGCUGCCAUCCAGUGUUGGCCGCCUUUCACGGUUGGUCACUCUAUUAUGUGAUUCUUAUGUGCGGCUGCCAGAUGGAUUUGGGAAGAACAUGCAAGCAUUGCAGCAGUUGGUGGGGGAAAUCGGUCCCCCCUAUGAGUCUACUAGCUCACCUUACUUUGCACAGGAGCUUCGUCACUUAAGAAAUCUACGGAUACUAGAGAUAUGGUUUGAUGAUGAGGUGAGCGAAGAUUUGGUGGUGUCAUCUCUGUGUACACUUGGUACGGGAUGCCUAAAUUCUUUGGUUAUAGGCUUCCACAAAAAGCAUAUGAAAUUGGUGAUGGAGCCAUGGAGCCCCACCCUGCAUGGCCUCAAGAUACUUCAAAUUUGUCAGAUUGUGGUCCCAAGGGUCCCUAGAUGGACUGGUUCACUUGAUAACCUCCAGGUUUUUACUCUCUGUGUUGAGCAACUCGGGAUGGCAGACUUUGGUUUGCUGGGGAGUUUAAACGCUCUUUCCAGCCUCUAUCUCUCAGUAGAGAUCAAAGUUGCUGACAGAUGGUCCUCCUCUCAAGGAACACAACGGGUCAAGAUCAGCGGCACACAUGGAUUCCCAUCCUUGAGAAGGUUCGGAGUCGGUUCAAACUCCUGUGCAUUUGGGUUGUUGUUCGAAGGUGGAGCCAUGCCAAAGCUACAAGAGCUGUCUCUCUCAUUCAACAGUGACCUAACAGGGUCUCUCACCAAUGGAGAGUUUGAUUUUGGCAUCCAGCAUCUACCCUGUCUUGCUCUCGUAGAACGUGAUUACUUGACUAAAUAUCAUGAUCCCGACGACCCUGCGUGGGAAGCCCUGGAGAAAGCGGCCAGCUCCCAUCCCAACCAUCCCAAGCUACAUCAUAACUAA